AUGAACGCCCUCGUGCAGACCUCCCUCUCUGACGUCGAGAUUAAACUCAAUGCGCUUCUUGUAACUCUGACCACGGCUCCCGCUGCAGCAGGAGCGCCGGCUGCAGCUACAGCCCUACUGGAAGCCGACAGCAGGUUAACCACCUCCAUCGACACACUUCGACGGCAUCAAGAGAACUACGCAAAAAUUCUACUCCUCCGAGCAGAAGCCGAACAACUGGAGGACCGAGUGAAGGGAAUAGUUCGAGAUAUUGAGGAAUUUGAUAAAGAGAUCCGGACUGCCUGCGGCGAUGACGAAAGCGACAGCGACGAAGACUACGAAGAAGAGAACGAGACCCGGGCGAAGAAGCUGGCUUCUCGCAAGGAGAUUGAUUACCGCCUUCUCUUGGAUUUUGCACGUCGCAUCAGCAAAUACAAUAAUGAAGCCGCUGCCGAUGCAGCCAGUGGUGCCGGAAACAAAGGCCAGGGAAUGCGACCACAAAUUACAGACAAGGAUGCCACAAUGACAGGUACCAAUGGCGAGCCGACCGCGGAGAAAAGUACCGAACCAGUCUCAUCCGUGACCAAGAGCGCGACACAGUGGCUAGACGAGUCCGCGAAUGUCACGCGCGAGGUCUACAUGUUGCCAUAUCCGAUGGAGGAGCGGAUACGCAUGGGCUUGAUGGGUCAAGUUCAGCUUGCAGCUGGAACAGAUCCAGAGAAGGAGGUUGAGCGACUGAUACGGGAGGCAGAGGGCCUCGGAGUCGCAGAAGCACCCGCUCCGCCACCUGCGGUGGACUCAAGGCAGGACGAGGCAGCUCAGGCUGCGGCGCAAGCUGGAUCCUUCGCCGGUGCACCACCACCUCGGCCAUCUGGCCAUGCCCCAGCCCCAGCGCCGAAACCGAAACCGAAGGCAACUUUGGAUCUUGAUCUCUACGACCCCGAUGACGACGACUUUUGA